CAUGGAAGGACAACAGACCUCAUAUAUCUGCUGCAAGGCAGGAUGCUUGCUUUUCAUUCUAAUCAGAUAUGCGGCUUGAGGUCUGGACAUAGGCACCUAUCUUGAUGGAAAAAAGAAACUUGUCUGACACAAUGAAAAAAGCUGGACUUAUUGGAGUGCUACUGUUACCCCAGGUAACAUCGUCAUCAAGGUGUCAUCCUCAUGUUAAUCUUGUAAAAGAGGAGGAAAAGUGCAUGAAAGAUCUGCUACUUUUAAAGUCACACAAAGCAACAGAAAACAAUAUCAGUGUACACUGUAAGGUAAUGUGGGAUAACCUGAACUGCUGGCCAACGGCUUCUCUUGGGGAAACUGUCUCUCAACCAUGUCCAGAGUUUUUCAAUUCAGAAGGUGAAGUGCAUCGCAACUGCACCGCCAACGGCUGGACAGACCCACUCGUCCCACAUGAAGAUGCAUGUGGCAACGCUUUAAAUGAGACACUCCACUUUCUUGAAGAGUCCUCAGAUUCCCAUUUGUACUUCUCCUACGUGAAGACCAUGUACACAGCCGGAUACACACUCUCUCUCAUCUCUCUCACCAUCGCCAUCACCAUAUUCUGUCUGUUUAGAAAGCUGCACUGUACCAGGAACUACAUUCACAUCCAGCUGUUUAUCUCCUUCAUCCUGAGAGCCAUCUUCAUCUUCAUCAGAGACUCACUGCUGUUUACUAAUGAAGAGCUCUACCACUGUGACUACUACCCGGUGGCAUGUAAGGUUGUACUUAUGUUUUCCAACUACUCCAUCCUGGCAAACUACAGCUGGCUGCUGGUGGAGGGUCACUUCCUCUUCACCCUGGUGAGCCGCUCCUUCUUCUCCCUGAAGAAACACUUCGCCUGGUACAUCGUUCUAAGCUGGGGUUUACCAUUUAUUGUUAUUGUCUUCUGGGGGUGUGCCAAGUAUUUUUAUGAAGACGAAGGCUGUUGGGAAACCAGGAGACAUGAAUGGAUUUGGUGGAUACUUCGAGUGCCAGUUCUUCUGACGAUAUCUAUGAAUCUCGUCUUUUUCUUGGGCAUUUUGAGGAUACUGGUGAACAAACUCAGAAUGCCAGAUUCACAGAGGAAUGAAUUCAGCCAGUAUAAGAAGCUGAUCAAAUCCACAUUUUUUCUGGUGGUUCUGUUCGGUCUGCAUUACAUCCUGUUUGUUUUCUUACCCGUUGAAGUCAGCAGCUUAGUGUUUAAGAUAUGCACAUUUGCAGAGCUGGCGCUGUCAUCCACACAGGGUUUUGUGGUCACUGUGCUCUACUGCUUCAUGAACGGAGAGGUGCAGCAUGAGUUUCAGAGGAGAUGGAGGAGGUGGAGGCUGACUCAGCACCUCCCCAGUCAGCCCAGACGGCAUCUAAGCUCCAUUAGCCACAGUGGGUCUCCACACACACAGGUCUCCCUGCUGCCCUGCUCUGCAGGCAGCCGGACAACCAGCAGAUUCCCCGUGGAUACUGUGGACAUAUGAUUCAAGUUGGGAUCGGCUCAUUUAGCUCAGUUAGUAAGCUGCCAGGCUUACUUGUUUGAGUAUGUAUACUAAUGUUUCAGAAUUAACGUGGCAAUGAUUUGUUCAUGUUCAAAUGUCACAGAUACAAUUUUUAUUGAUGUCCAGAUAUUUAAACUUUGGCAAAGGUUAGAAGGAAUCCAGCAAGAUCCAUCUACUACACAGAGGUAUGGAGACAUUUAAACUGCUGUAAUUAUGAAAUACCAAUUAAAAGGGUACUGCAGUUAUUUAGUAUUGCACCAUAAAGUUUUGAGAGAUGCAGAUUUUAAAAAAUUAAUGGUCAAAACUGAUGCAGUGGAAGCUAAGACAUCCUGACUUUUUGUCCCUAGUAUGGUUAAAGCUCCAAAAACACUUUAUCCUACAUUUCCCAUAAUGCAACUCAGCAGCAUCUUUUCAAACUCAAUGCCCCCAAUUUGUAAUCCAGGCUUUCUGUUAAACAUUUGAAGUCUCAAGCCCAGUCUGAUAACCCUGAUGACAUCACUACGACAUCACCAGGGUUGUUUUUUUUUCCAGACUUGACAAAGCUCCCGCACAGCCA